CCAGCGGACCAGUGGGGCAGCACGGUCGCGGGCAGGGGGGCAGUGCCGGCGCAGCAUUCUUAAGGAGCAAGCAGGAGGGAGAGGAGUCACUUCUUACCGGAAAGGUUGCAGUGCGGACUCCCUCCUUCUUGCUCAGCAUACACAGCAUCAGCAUGCAGCAGCAGAGGCAGCGCCAGGCUGCCAACGGGAGUCGCGGAGAUCAGCAGGGUGAUCCAUGCCUGGAGCGCCCGGAGAGGAGAAGGGCUCUCCCAGCACGUUUUAGAGAGGGGGAGGAAGCUCAGUCCGGACAUCAACAGUCGGCAGCAGGAAGGGACGAGAAGCAGCAGCAGCAGCUGAGCAAGAGGAAAGCAGGAAGGGCUCCACCUGGUGGUCGGAGGUCGAACAAGAGGAAGCAGUCCAGCCAGGCUAAAGCACCAGAUCGUAGCAGGAAGUUUGUGAGAACACAGCGUGCGGUGCAGCAAUACGAAGGCGGCUACCUGAACGGGGUGAGUGCACAGCAGUACGCUUAUGGGGGCUUGAUACCGGAGGGGACAGAGUCAGAUGGCCAGGGUGCAGAGGGGGAGGAGCAGACUUUUAUUAUGCAGCAGAUGGACACUAUUACCCUCCCCAUUGCAGCACAGACACCAUCUACGCAUCACUUAUGCACAGCAGGCAGGGGGGGCCCAGGGGACGGCGGAAGCAGCCUAAACCCGGGCCGGCACCAGCAGGGAUCGUGGGGAAUGGGGUUGGAUACGCAACCCCUCAGUAGCCAGCACCAUGAGCCCAGCUGCACACCACAGCGGCAGGAUAGAGCGACCAUGCAAAUGGCAGAGCACAUCGCAGAACUUCUGCAUAGCUGCAUGGCUCGCUCGCCGCUGUUCAGGUCCCCACCAAGGAGAAGAUAUCAACUGGCGUCGCCUACAGGGAGCAGCCACAGUCAAUGCGGGGAUGUCCAGCAUGAUUUGCCCUCCAACGCGCAGCAGGGACAUCGUACCCAGGAGUGGCUCGCAGUUUCUUCAGGACGGGGAGGCCAGACUCAUAGACCCCUAGCACACGACAAGGACGCGAGGGGUUUUUCGGCUUUGCAGCAGACUCCAAGGACAGGAUACAGUAUCCAAGAGCAUGCCGCAGCGCACAAAUGCAUCGUACAGAAGGCUGCUACGCACGAGUCUGUCGCCGCGACGAGCACAGCGGGGACAAGGCCGGAAGCAGCUGUCGCCGGGACCAGCACAGCGAGGGCGUUUACGGGAGCACCUGUCGCGCCGUCCAGCGCAGGGAGGGCCAUCGCUUCGGCACUGGGAACCUCGUCCAGCACAGGCCAGGAGCUCGGGAAUGAUAGUGGAGCCGAUCUAGGGGAGCUGGUGAGGAAAUCCCUGGCGCCAAGGACGUGGGCAGCUUAUGCGGCAGCUUGGAGGAGAUGGAGGCAGUUCCAGGCAGGAGGAGCAGGUGGCCGAAAUGACACCAGGCAGCAGCUCUUGUCUUUUUUGAGCAGCGCGGGUGUUAAGCAAGUAUGGAUUAUGGGUCAUUCGUUCAUCCACUGGGCAGAAGAGCGGGCCGCCGCCAGACCUUACGGCCGUGACCUGGGCUUGCCGCAAGUAAAUUGGGCAGUGAGAUGGUUUGGAGUCAGAGGCAUGAGGUGGUCGCAGCUGAGAAAAGCGGUACUCAGGGCGGAGGCAACGGCGGGCCAGGCCCCAGAGGUAGUGGUACUGCAUUUGGGAGGGAACGACCUAGGGAAGGUGAAGUCGCUCGACAUAAUCAGGUGGAUGAGGGAGGAUUUGGAAUGGCUAAGGGAAAGGUGGAGCCAGGUGCACAUUCUAUGGUCCAGCAUAAUCCCUAGGUUGGCCUGGCGCGGGGCAAGGGCAGGGGCAGGAGUGGAAAAGGCCAGGAAGAGGUGUCCGACGUGGGUUUGGAUUUGUUUAACAACGCUUUGCAGGAGGCGUUGGAGUGAGUGUGCAUAUAGGGGUGGGGUCGCAGGGUGGGGCGUCGGCCCCGGGUGGGCCGGGGGCCUCGUGUGGCGUGGGGAAAGUGAUGAGCAAGGCAUGGUAUGGAAUGUUACGUAAGGGGAUGGCAGACGGCCAGUCAUAUUCACCAGGCCGCACGCCUGGCUACGACUUGGGACGGCUGGGUCGCACGGGCUGCGUGCCAGUUCAAGGUGGUAUGCACAUGGGGUCGGGGUCCCCAGGUGGGGCGGAUGUUGCGUGCCUACUGGGUUGGGCCGAACGCACCCACAUACACGGGUAGGCGGGGGGGGCGGGAUGUGGCGUGCCCACGCGGUUGGGCCGAGCACGCCUCCACCCAUAGGUAUACGGGGGGGGGGGGGGCGGGAUGUGGCGCGCCCACGCGGUUGGGCCGGGCACGCCUCCACCCAUUUUUUUACGAUCAUGGUUAUAAGAGCCUUGCUCACUCAUUCUUUCCUUGCCCUGCGAUUUAUUCUGUAUUGGUGUGUUUUCAAUAAAGCUGUGACCAAGU